CUUUAGGUCUGUUUGCCGCCAUGUCACGCUGUAACCGUCUCAAACAUUUGUAAACCUAAAGAUCCUAAAAAUCAUUGUGUACUAUUCCUAUGGAUACCAGACGUUCCCCUAAAGUCCAAUAAAUAACAAGUUGUGUUCAAAGAUGGAUUCUGACCAAGAUAUGGUYCGAGGAGAAUUGUAUUUCCUUGUUGCCAAGUUCUUAGCGAAUGGUCCAUGUCAACGAACAGCCAAGGUUUUGUUAGAGGAAUUGGCGGACCAGAGACUCUUGUGUCAACGUUUGGACUGGAGAGGCAACUACCAUCCUCAAACGUACCAAGAUAUGGUUUUACAGAACACACAUAUUCCCGACGACUAUUUAGUUCAAAUUUGCUGUCGUCUUGGUCCACUGUUAGAAAAAUGUAUUCCUUCUGGUGUGAAGGGAAUCCAGUCCUUGCUUUGUACUGGAAGGAAUUCAUUAUUGAGAACUGGCUCAGAAACUGUCAAGACCACUAUGUACUCUCUUGCUGCAUCUAACCAUGAUGCUCCAUUGCUGCCACCCAGUGGAAAACGAYUAUGCCCUAACUUAGGUCAAAGUAUAUUAAGUAGAGAAAUAAGUGGUUUUCGRUGUAAGAGUCAUUUGGCACAACCAAACACGUACAGUAAACAAACAAUGCACCGAAGGAUUCUGGGACAUCUUUCAGCUGUKUACUGUGUAUUAUUUGAUAGAACAGGCCAUUGCAUCAUUACAGGUGCUGAUGACAGUCUUGUUAAGAUAUGGUCAACUAGAGAUGGUCAUCUUUUGGCUACGCUAAGAGGUCAUAAUGCUGAAAUAACAGACAUUGCUAUUAAUUGUGAAAACACUUUAGUCGCUGCAGGGAGUUGUGAUAAGCUUAUUCGUGUAUGGUCACUUAAAACUACUUAUCCURUGGCAAUACUACAAGGGCAUACAGGGAUGAUAACAUCUCUUGCAUUUUGUCCAUCACCACUAAAGGAAUCAAGAUACCUGAUGUCAACCGGAGCAGAUGGAACAGUUUGUUUUUGGAAAUGGGAGGCACAAAACUUGACAUUUGAGUCAACUCCUGUAAGAUUUAUGGAGAAAACAAGACCAGGRACACAGAUGGUGUGCUCAUCAUUCAGUCCAGGUGGCAGUUUUCUUGUUGCUGGAAGCACAGAUCAUAUAAUACGACUUUAUCAGUUAACACCAGGACCUCCAGAAAAAAUUGCUGAGUUAGAUGUUCAUGUGGACCAUGUUGACAGCAUUCAGUUCAGCCACAAWGGAGAGAAAUUUCUCAGUGGAUCUAAAGAUGGAACUGCAAGGAUCUGGUACUUCAAGAGAUCCAAGUGGGAAAACAUCUUGUUAGAUAUCAGUAAAACUUUGAAUGGUUCACCUUCAAUUGAUGAUCUGAACAGAGURAACAAACCAAGAGUAACCAUGGUUUCCUGGGAUCUUUGGGAUCAUCAUGUUGUUACAGCAAUCAAUGAUCACACCAUCAAAGUAUGGAACUCUUGCUCUGGGAACCUAGUCCAUAUAUUAGAGGGUCACCAUGAUGAAAUGUUUGUGCUAGAGGCCCACCCUAUUGAUCCCUUUGUCUUUCUUAGCGCAGGCCAUGAUGGACUAGUUAUCCUUUGGGAUUUAAGGACAGGAAAAAAAAUUACAAGCUUUUUUAACUCUAUUGAAGGUCAAGGACAUGGCGCYGUGUUUGACUGUAAGUUUUCACCUGAUGGUCUGCAGUUUGCUUGUACAGAUAGUCAUGGUCAUCUUUGCAUUUUUGGUUAUGGUUCCAGUGAASCUUUCAGCAAGGUUCCAAGCGAGCAGUUUUUCCAUACUGACUAUAGRCCACUUAUUCGAGAUGCCAAUCAUUAUGUCUUAGAUGAACAGACACAGACAGCCCCCCAUUUAAUGCCUCCACCAUUUCUUGUUGAUGUUGAUGGAAACCCUCAUCCCCUUCAUUAUCAAAGACUUGUUCCAGGACAUGGAAGYAAUGUGCGAAAUGCGCAACCACCACCACCAAUGCCAAGACUGGAAGAUGCUCCUUUUUUGGCUGAAAUAGAACAAGCUGAAAACAGAGGCAGAAUUGCCAUUCAAGUUCCAGGAUCACCAGCCAAUCAAGUUGAAGGUCAASCUCCUCCUCUUCAAAGUCCUGGGGGCAGCAGAAACUAUGGGAUGAGACAAAGUGGAGACAUAGAAGGUGUUAGACAGGCGCAGGGCAAUGUACCUGUCAUAGAAGAUGUUGCUGAGUCAGACAUUGCUUUAUGGAGAAGAAGAGUAAUAGUCCCAGAUAUCAAGUCAAAUAUAUCAAAGUCUGAUGAAGAAAGGCGUCUGUUUCUUGGUAAAAAUGAAUUAACUAAUUAUCUCAGAGAAAAGAAAAAACGUCCACAGGCCACUGUGGCUGUCAGACUGGUCAAUCAGUCGAUCCAGGAAUCUCUUUCACAUGGUGAACGAGGUCAACAAGGUCAUAGUAGUCAGAGAAGGACAUCSUCUCGUCAAGCAGCACGUGCAAGGUCACGAGAAUCGCGUGUUCGACGUGUGGCUAACAGGGUUUCAUCUCGUUCUACRUAUGCAACUCGUUCUGCAUUGGCAAUGGACAUAGAUGAGUCCGGGGAGGAGGAUAUUGUGGCUUUGACACCGACAGACAGUGAAGAAGAAGAAGAGGAAUGGACUGGCAGUUCAAGUGAGUCUAGUGAAUACUCAGAUUGGACUGAAGAUGUUGGACUAAGAUCCUCUUCACAGAAUGAAAGCAGAAGAUCAAGGCGGGUAAGACGAGUGCUGAGUACAUCAGAUGAGGACAAUGAACCUCCCCCAACAGGUUCUAGUUCACCACAACCAAACGGAUCUAAGAGAGAAAAGAAAAGUAAAAAGCCUUCAAAACCAAAAAAGCUUCCAAAGAAACCAAAGCUUGAUGAAGUACAAGAUAUCUUGAAUUAUUAUCAGCCACCUGACUGGAUCAUGUGUACCAAGCCCCGAUUAUCUCCCUAUGUACCUCAAAUAGGAGAUGAGGUCUAUUAUUUCCGCCAAGGACAUGAGAAAUAUGUCAAAGAAGUCAUGAGACACAGACUUUAUGAUAUUAAUCCUAAGAAGCAGUGUUACUAUAAACUAAGACUUAAGGGUGAGGAACUUUGUCGAAUAGUAAGUCUUCACUUCUCUUUGUACAAUGGACAUCCACCAACGUUAUGCUGCAUAAAGCUCGCACAAAUCAAUGCUGAAAGCUUGAUGACAGGAGGAACAUUUACUGUGAAAUAUCACGACAUGGCAGAUGUCCUAGACUUUAUAGUCUUACGGCAACAUUACGAGCGUUCACUGACAAGAAAUUGGCAAGCAGGUAAUCGUUUUCGAAGUGUGAUUGAUGAGAGUUGGUGGGCAGGGAUGAUCACCGAACGCAGUCCAUAUCAAACAGAAUUCCCAGAAAGUCACUUUCAGUGUCUAGAAGUCAGGUGGGAUACGGGUGAAACUGAACGAAUGAGUCCGUGGGACCUUGAAUCUGUGGCGGACAACGAUCCUGGCAACUACGAUAGUGAAGCGUCCAACCAAGAUGCAUCUGGUGCGUUUACUAGUAAUAUACCACUGACCGAUGAAGAUCGGCAAGAACUAUCUUACGAACCAACCGAGCUGGACUGGUUGGGAGAGGGACGAGAAGAAAUGACUCAACGUAUAAUGUCAUGUAUAGAGUCACUGUACCAGCUAAGCAUGGCGGGACCAUUUGUUUACCCUGUAGAUGUACAAACUUACCCUGAUUACUGGAGUAUAGUACCGUUUCCUAUUGACCUUAGYACCAUCAUGCAAAAACUUGAAAACAGGUUUUACCGACGAGCCAAUGCGUUGAUCUGGGAUAUCAAGUUAAUUGAGCGCAAUGCACGUUUAUUUAACGAAGAAGACAGUCAGAUCGUAAGGAAUUCUACUCAACUUGUGCGUGUUCUUAUCGAAUUCAUAAGGGACAAGGAAUGUACAGAUAUUCUUUCUCUCUGUGGUGGAGUUGAUGACGAGCAAGGAGAAAUUGAGGUAACCCAUGUAUCAGAGGAAUCAGACAAUGGGGAUGACGAGGGGCCUAGUGACAGAGGAAAAAGGAAGAAGCCUGAAAAAAAUUCUUCCAACAAACGAGUAAAGCUUGAAGAACCAGAAGAAGCCAGUGAAGAGAUGUGGAUAAUAUCUGCWAGAGAGUUACUACAGUUUUUAAUGUCAAGAGAAGAUGCCGAACCAUUCCAGGCUCCAGUUAAUCUAAACGACUUCCCGGAUUAUUUAGAAUUUGUCCAAGAGCCAAUGGACUUUUCGACUGUGUCAGAGAAACUAGAGUCGAACACUUACGCUGACCCCGACUCGUUUGUACGAGAUGUCCGUCUUAUCUUUUCUAAUUCCAGGGCUUACAACACUGUACCACGGUCAAGGAUAUACAGUAUGACGAUACGGUUGUCGGCCAUGUUUGAAGACCGAGUAGAUUCGAUAUUAAGUGAAUGGUAUGCAAGUGCGUCAGGAGGAGCAAGACGAACACGGUUACGUACACAACAAUUGCUUCAAAGYGGUGAACGUACAUCGUAUCGAGUAAUACCACACGACACUACAUCAAAUACAGAAGACUCAUCGCAAUACAGAGUCGUUUCACAGUCAUCCAAUAUGGGUGAUCAUCUUAGAACUACAAUCCGUCUUCCACAAACAAGGCACAAUUCUCGAGGAGAUGAAAAUUCAGGGCGCGUUCCUCCAAUUAGGAUAAGUGUUCGUACAGUAGCAGAGACUUCUCCACGACAGGAUACACUACCUGAAGAAAGAAGAAGACCGACACGACAAGCAGGACGAACAGAUCCUGGUAUAAGAACUCGAAACGCUACAAGAAAUGAAACAUUAGUUAAUGGCUCGUUAACACACCAGUAUUCAACUCGAAGAAGAAGUGCCAGAUUAAUGUCAGAGGAAAGUCAAGAUGGCGAAGAAGAAGAAGAAGAGGAAGAAAGCCAAAAUAGUGAUGGUAGAGGAGAAGAUGAAGACGAGGACGAAAGUGAGGAGGAAAGUGAAGAAGAAGAAAGYGAAGAUAGUGAGGAGGAAGAGGAGGAUUCGCCUGUUACGAGCCGUCCUUCGCGUCGUUCUAAUAUACGUCCAAAGAUUAGGCCGACCGCAGUUCCUCGAGCAUCUCGAAGUUCUGACCGAACACGUAAAACAAGCGCAUCAAGCAGUAAUCAACGGGCUGCUCGCACGCGCAAAUCAAGCAGUGCAUCUGCUGAUUUAUCKAGGCAAAGUUCGCGGACUCGAUCAAGACGUGUGACUUACACUGAAACAGACUCGGACAGUGACAGUGAGAUGGUAGAUGUAUCUAGCCGUGGAAGGGUCCGUCGACCCACUCAACGAAUGCUUGAUUAUAUAGAAUAACAUUAUUUGUACAGUUUGUAAAUGAUUCAUUUUUGCAAAGAAAUUGGAACUAUUUAAUAUUAAUGCUAUAGAUUUUUGUAUUAUCAAAUUAUUACAGAAUUCAAGUUUUCUCUUUCUACAUUCACACUAUGCGUUUUUAUAUCUCAUUAUUUGACAGCUUAUUUGCUGCUAUUUUUGUAUAUUUUUACUGAUAUUUCAGUAUUCCGACUGCAAUAAAAAC